AUGAGCUCCCUGAGUGCAAGCGCCGAGGCCGGCGCCAGCGCCGAGGCCGCUAAUAUCGGCAACACGACAACACCAAAAACAUCGGCACCGAAACCAACCACCCCCAAAAAACUCCGCCUGCUGUGCCUGCACGGCUACGCGCAGAACGCCAACUUCUUCUCGUCGCGGACGGGCGCGGUGCGCAAGGGCAUCAAGGCGCUCGCGGACGUGCACUACCUCGACGCGCCGCACGCGGCGACCGGCGCGUUCCUCGGCGACAUCGACGCGGACGCGCGCGGCGCGCCCCUGGGCUGGUGGAACACGCGCGACGCCGAGCGGCCCGCGCUCUCGGGCGCGUACGUCGGCCUCGACGAGUCCGUCGCGCGCGUGAAGCGGUGCGUCGCCGACGACGGCCCCUUCGACGGCGUCCUCGGCUUCUCGCAGGGCGCGACGCUCGCGGCGCUGCUGUGCCUCUCGGAGCCCGGGCUCUUCGGAUUCGCGCUCCUCUUCGCGGGCUUCGUGCCGCGCGACGCGAUCGUCCGCGCGCCCUUCGACGCCGCCGCGGCCGCGCCGAACGCGACGCCGACGUUCCACUGCCUCGGCGCGUCCGACGCGUCCGUGCCGCCCGACGUCGCCCGGUCGCUCGCGUCGUGCUUCGCGAGCCCCGCGGUCUUCGAGCACGCCGGCGGCCACGUCGUCCCGGGCAACGCGCCGCUGCGCAACGCGGUCAAGGACUUCCUUAGGGCGCGGCAAUGA